CGCAGCGCCACCACCUCCGUCCACCACCUUAAAAUGUUCGCAGCCAGACGAGCAGCCCAGCGCACCUUCGCUGCACGACUCUACUCGACCGAGUCGCCCAAAAAGUCGCUCAAGGAGCUCGUCGCAGAGCUCCGGAGCCAUGCCGACGUAUCACCCAUCGAGGCCGGGCAGGCUCUCAAGGCCUCGGACAUGGACGUUUCAAGAGCUCUCCUCUGGCUCUGUAACUUCCGCGCCGAGUCUGCAGUCAAGAAGGCAGCGAAGGUCGAGGGCCGGGAGGCGAACGAGGGCAUGAUCGGGACCGCUGUUCUGUCCCCCGGAGCGACCAGCGCGAAGCCAAGCGGAGUGCGCGCCGCCAUGGUCGAGCUCAAUUGCGAGACGGACUUCGUCGCUCGGAACGACCUCUUCGCCCAGCUGCUUGACGACAUCGCGCAUACAGCCGCGUUCAUGUCGGAGCCCGCUGACUCGGACAAGUUCUUCCACCCCUUCUCUCUCGACGUCCUCCGGGACGCGCCCCUACUCUCCAAGACAGCCCCCGAGAAGAAUGGCAAGAGCACUGUCGCAGAUGCGAUGCGCGACCUCACCGGUCGGGUGGGCGAGAAGAUCUCACUUCGCCGAGUCCUCACUGUCGUACGCGACCCCUUCCCUCCAUCCCAGCGCGACAUUGCUUUGCGUAUUGCAUCUCGCGUACACCAAUCUGUCAACAACCCCCGACAAGGGCGUGUCGGGAACCUUGCUGUCCUCGCGUUGAAGUCUCCCCAGCUAGCGAACAUCCUCGGGCCAGAAGCGUUUCAGGCCGACCUGAACAAGCUAUGCCUAUCCCUCGGGAACCAGAUCAUCGGCUUCCCGACGACUAGUGUCCGCUCGCCUACCGGUGCAAGGGACGAGGAGGGGGCUCUGUACGACCAGCCGUUCGCUAUGUUCGCGGGCGAAGGCAACGACCAACCUGUGCAGACGUUCCUCCGGAACUGGGCCGCUCAACGUGGCUUGGUCGAGUCAAGUGAGCAAGAGGGUGGAUUGGAGGUCCUGGAGUUCGCCAAGUGGACGGUCGCCGAAAGUAUCUAGACGUAACAUAUUCUAUCCUAAUGUCGUCACAACAUCCCCACUCAUGUAUUGUAUAGUCGCCUUGCUGUCCGCUGUUGGGUAUGGUGGUGCAAGCGAAAUUGACACACAUCCUCUGUCAUAUGCAUUGUAGUGCGCGAUGCCCUCGCUCGUCACACCCCGGCAAAUUCUCAAAUGCUCCGGCAAAU